AUGCCAACACGGACUGUAACAACACGAUCGGGUCCUAACGUGCGCGUGUCAAGGAUUCAGUGUUGUGAGAAUGACAUCAACGAGUGCCAACAUACAAAAUGUCCACAUAAAAACAUGCACUGCGUAAACAGUGUUGGGUCUUACACGUGUAAGUGUAACGCGGGCUGGACGGGUGAUCAUUGUGAUACUGACGUGAAUGAAUGCCAACAUAACCCCUGUGAACACGGAGGCACGUGUAACAACACGAUCGGGUCCUACACGUGCUCGUGUCACGGAGGAUACAACGGACAUAACUGUAACAGUGAUGUGAACGAGUGUCACCAUCAAAAUCCAUGCCAACACGGAGGCACGUGUAACAACACGAUCGGGUCCUACACGUGCGCGUGUCAAGGAUUCAGUGGACACAAUUGUGAGAAUGACAUCAACGAGUGCCAACAUACAAAAUGUCCACAUAAAAACAUGCACUGCGUAAACAGUGUUGGGUCUUACACGUGUAAGUGUAACGCGGGCUGGACGGGUGAUCAUUGUGAUACUGACGUGAAUGAAUGCCAACAUAACCCCUGUGAACACGGAGGCACGUGUAACAACACGAUCGGGUCCUACACGUGCUCGUGUCACGGAGGAUACAACGGACAUAACUGUAACAGUGAUGUGAACGAGUGUCACCAUCAAAAUCCAUGCCAACACGGAGGCACGUGUAACAACACGAUCGGGUCCUACACGUGCGCGUGUCAAGGAUUCAGUGGACACAAUUGUGAGAAUGACAUCAACGAGUGCCAACAUACAAAAUGUCCACAUAAAAACAUGCACUGCGUAAACAGUGUUGGGUCUUACACGUGCUACAAGUGUCACUGUACGACAGGUUGGAAUGGUAACACAUGUGCUGAGGAUAUAGACGAAUGUACCUUACAUCACCCCUGUCAAAACAAUGGCUCAUGCACAAACACAAAGGGUGGUUAUAAUUGUAAUUGUACAAAAUACUGGUCUGGUACAAACUGUUCGGUAGACGUCGAUGAAUGUAAGAGUAAUAAUGUAUGUCAUAACGGCGGAACGUGUUCCAAUAGUGACGGUGACUUCUCGUGUUCUUGUGUAAAAGGUUGGACAGGAAAAACGUGUGACAGUGACUUGAAUGAAUGUUCUAACAAAACCAUAUGUCAUCAUGGAGGGGAGUGUAUCAACAGCCAGGGUAGCUUCAGUUGUAAUUGUACUGACGGCUGGACAGGGGAUCUGUGUCGGACAGACGUAGACGAGUGUCAAAAUCAUCCUUGUCAAAAUAGCGGUAAUUGCACAAAUACCAACGGCAGCUUCAGUUGUCAAUGCUCUCACGGCUGGACAGGCCAACUUUGUGAUACUGACAUUAAUGAAUGUCAACAUAACCCUUGUUUAAAUGGAGGCACGUGUCACAACAUUAACGGUAAUUACACGUGUCAUUGUACAACGGGAUGGACCGGCUGGAGUUGUGAUAAGGAUGUCAACGAAUGUGUAAUGAAACCAAACGUUUGCAGAAAUAACGGCACUUGUCACAAUAAAGAUGGCGGUUAUAAUUGUUCCUGUUUGUCUGGAUGGAGGGGAGAUAAUUGUUCAUCUGAUGUGAAUGAAUGUAAUGAAAACGUGUGUAAGAACAACGCGACAUGUAACAAUAUUGACGGUGGAUACAGGUGUGAGUGUUCUCGGGGUUGGCAUGGAAACACAUGUGCUGAUGAUAUAGACGAAUGCACCUUACAUCACCCCUGCCAAAACAAUGGCUCAUGCACAAACACAAAGGGUGGUUAUAAUUGUAAUUGUACAAAAUACUGGUUUGGUACAAACUGUUCGGUAGACGUCGAUGAAUGUAAGAGUAAUAAUGUAUGUCAUAACGGCGGAACGUGUUCCAAUAGUGACGGUGACUUCUCGUGUUCUUGUGUAAAAGGUUGGACAGGAAAAACGUGUGACAGUGACGUGAAUGAAUGUUCUAACAAAACCAUAUGUCAUCAUGGAGGGGAGUGUAUCAACAGCCAGGGUAGCUUCAGAUGUAAUUGUACUGACGGCUGGACAGGGGAUCUGUGUCGGACAGACGUAGACGAGUGUCAAAAUCAUCCUUGUCAAAAUAGCGGUAAUUGCACAAAUACCAACGGCAGCUUCAGUUGUCAAUGCUCUCACGGCUGGACAGGCCAACUUUGUGAUACUGACAUUAAUGAAUGUCAACAUAACCCUUGUUUAAAUGGAGGCACGUGUCACAACAUUAACGGUAAUUACACGUGUCAUUGUACAACGGGAUGGACCGGCUGGAGUUGUGAUAAGGAUGUCAACGAAUGUGUAAUGAAACCAAACGUUUGUAGAAAUAACGGCACUUGUCACAAUAAAGAUGGCGGUUAUAAUUGUUCCUGUUUGUCUGGAUGGAGGGGAGAUAAUUGUUCAUCUGAUGUGAAUGAAUGUAAUGAAAACGUGUGUAAGAACAACGCGACAUGUAACAAUAUUGACGGUGGAUACAGGUGUGAGUGUUCUCGGGGUUGGCAUGGAAACACAUGUGCUGAUGAUAUAGACGAAUGCACCUUACAUCACCCCUGCCAAAACAAUGGCUCAUGCACAAACACAAAGGGUGGUUAUAAUUGUAAUUGUACAAAAUACUGGUCUGGUACAAACUGUUCGGUAGACGUCGAUGAAUGUAAGAGUAAUAAUGUAUGUCAUAACGGCGGAACGUGUUCCAAUAGUGACGGUGACUUCUCGUGUUCUUGUGUAAAAGGUUGGACAGGAAACACUUGUGACAGUGACGUGGACGAAUGUUCUAACAAAACCAUAUGUCAUCAUGGAGGGGAGUGUAUCAACAGCCAGGGCAGCUUCAGAUGUAAUUGUACUGACGGCUGGACAGGGGAUCUGUGUCGGACAGACGUAGACGAGUGUCAAAAUCAUCCUUGUCAAAAUAGCGGUAAUUGCACAAAUACCAACGGCAGCUUCAGUUGUCAAUGCUCUCACGGCUGGACAGGCCAACUUUGUAAUACUGACAUUAAUGAAUGUCAACAUAACCCUUGUUUAAAUGGAGGCACGUGUCACAACAUUAACGGUAAUUACACGUGUCAUUGUACAACGGGAUGGACCGGCUGGAGUUGUGAUAAGGAUGUCAACGAAUGUGUAAUGAAACCAAACGUUUGCAGAAAUAACGGCACUUGUCACAAUAAAGAUGGCGGUUAUAAUUGUUCCUGUUUGUCUGGAUGGAGGGGAGAUAAUUGUUCAUCUGAUGUGAAUGAAUGUAAUGAAAACGUGUGUAAGAACAACGCGACAUGUAACAAUAUUGACGGUGGAUACAGGUGUGAGUGUUCUCGGGGUUGGCAUGGAAACACAUGUGCUGAUGAUAUAGACGAAUGCACCUUACAUCACCCCUGCCAAAACAAUGGCUCAUGCACAAACACAAAGGGUGGUUAUAAUUGUAAUUGUACAAAAUACUGGUCUGGUACAAACUGUUCGGUAGACGUCGAUGAAUGUAAGAGUAAUAAUGUAUGUCAUAACGGCGGAACGUGUUCCAAUAGUGACGGUGGCUUCUCGUGUUCUUGUGUAAAAGGUUGGACAGGAAACACUUGUGACAGUGACGUGAAUGAAUGUUCUAACAAAACCAUAUGUCAUCAUGGAGGGGAGUGUAUCAACAGCCAGGGUAGCUUCAGAUGUAAUUGUACUGACGGCUGGACAGGGGAUCUGUGUCGGACAGACGUAGACGAGUGUCAAAAUCAUCCUUGUCAAAAUAGCGGUAAUUGCACAAAUACCAACGGCAGCUUCAGUUGUCAAUGCUCUCACGGCUGGACAGGCCAACUUUGUAAUACUGACAUUAAUGAAUGUCAACAUAACCCUUGUUUAAAUGGAGGCACGUGUCACAACAUUAACGGUAAUUACACGUGUCAUUGUACAACGGGAUGGACCGGCUGGAGUUGUGAUAAGGAUGUCAACGAAUGUGUAAUGAAACCAAACGUUUGCAGAAAUAACGGCACUUGUCACAAUAAAGAUGGCGGUUAUAAUUGUUCCUGUUUGUCUGGAUGGAGGGGAGAUAAUUGUUCAUCUGAUGUGAAUGAAUGUAAUGAAAACGUGUGUAAGAACAACGCGACAUGUAACAAUAUUGACGGUGGAUACAGGUGUGAGUGUUCUCGGGGUUGGCAUGGAAACACAUGUGCUGAUGAUAUAGACGAAUGCACCUUACAUCACCCCUGCCAAAACAAUGGCUCAUGCACAAACACAAAGGGUGGUUAUAAUUGUAAUUGUACAAAAUACUGGUCUGGUACAAACUGUUCGGUAGACGUCGAUGAAUGUAAGAGUAAUAAUGUAUGUCAUAACGGCGGAACGUGUUCCAAUAGUGACGGUGACUUCUCGUGUUCUUGUGUAAAAGGUUGGACAGGAAACACUUGUGACAGUGACGUGAAUGAAUGUUCUAACAAAACCAUAUGUCAUCAUGGAGGGAAAUGUAUCAACAGCCAGGGUAGCUUCAGAUGUAAUUGUACUGACGGCUGGACAGGGGAUCUGUGUCGGACAGACGUAGACGAGUGUCAAAAUCAUCCUUGUCAAAAUAGCGGUAAUUGCACAAAUACCAACGGCAGCUUCAGUUGUCAAUGCUCUCACGGCUGGACAGGCCAACUUUGUGAUACUGACAUUAAUGAAUGUCGAAGUAGUCCGUGCCAUCAUGGUGGCACGUGUCACAACAUUAACGGUAAUUACACGUGUCAUUGUACAACGGGAUGGACCGGCUGGAGUUGUGAUAAGGAUGUCAACGAAUGUGUAAUGAAACCAAACGUUUGUAGAAAUAACGGCACUUGUCACAAUAAAGAUGGCGGUUAUAAUUGUUCCUGUUUGUCUGGAUGGAGGGGAGAUAAUUGUUCAUCUGAUGUGAAUGAAUGUAAUCAACACUUGUGUAAGAACAACGCCACCUGUACCAAUGACGCCGGAGGCUAUAGAUGUCAUUGUAACCAAGGCUGGCAUGGAAGCACGUGUUCUGAGGAUAUAAAUGAAUGUGAAAACAACCCUUGUCAAAACGAGGCUACAUGUAACAACAAUGUCGGAUCUUAUGCGUGCAUGUGUACAGAUGGCUGGUCAGGUCAGCAUUGUGACACGGAUAUAGAUGAAUGUAAAGUCGGAAACAUCUGUUAUCACGGAUCUUGUCACAACACCAAUGGCAGUUUUGCGUGUACAUGUAAUAUUGGCUGGGAUGGACAAAAUUGUACGGAAGAAGUUCAUGAAUCAACUACCCCCGAGUCUGACCAUCUGACAAUACAUAUUCCUGUCGAAACGACGUCAGAACCAAAUCGGCUAACCACAGAAUACGUCAGUUCUAGUAAAAUACCACAGAAAUCAACAGCACAAGCUUCUUCAAUCUCAAUACACACCACAAAUAAGUUAGUCGUUUCCAAACAAUCAUUAAUAAACACCCCUAAACAAGACACAACAUUGCAAUCCAUCACUGUGGAAGAUCGUGUUUCUUCAACCCAUGAAACAAUCACAAACAUUUUAUUUGUGUCCAGUAGCCAUUCAGUAAGCUCAACGACAACAGCAGAUAUGGCCAUGGUAUCCAGCUCACGACAAUUAGUGACCUCAACUACUCGUGACGGUAUUGGUAUUUCAUCCACGUCGUCAAAGAAAGCCAAGCCCACCACUAUAGCUUCUGACCUCUCAAACGCAAGCGCUAACAAGGGGGAUCAGAACUGGACAGCAAAUAACUGGCCAAUCCUUGCCGGUGUUGGAGGCGGGAUGUUACUAGUAAUAAUCUCGGCACUUGUAAUUUACAGGAAACGGAAAAGAAAGAUUAAUGCUCCAACCUAUAUAGACGAGGGUGAUCUACAGCUCCGGGACAGCAUCCGAGACAGUACCGCUGCUUUAGUCUUUGAGAAUACUGUUUACAAUACCAUGGAUAUAUCCCAGGAUGUGGUCAAUGGUGAGGAGAAUGCUUAUUCUGAAAUGAAUGAAAAUGACUGUCGCCUUUAACGCAGCUGUUACCUAGAUGUUGACCAAAGCUUCAACCCUAAAAUAGGUCAUAACACAAGUAUGUUAGCUGGACCAUUGUCAAGAACAAUUUUUACUAUAAUCAAAACAUAGGCUGAUGUUGUCUAGGAUAUGCAAGAAAACAACGCAUGUUGCUACAUAAUUUUAAUGAGAAUGUUUUUCGUGGUUAUUUUAUCCUGUAGAAUGGGUGAUUUUAAUGAGAAUGAUGUUCGCGGUUAUUUCGUACUGUUAAAUGGGUUAUUUAGAGGGAAUGUUGUUCGCGGUAUUUUGUACUGUUAAAUGGGUGAUUUUAGAGGGAAUGUUGUGCUCGGUUAUUUCGUAAUGUUAAAUGGGUGAUUUUAGAGGUAAUGUUGUGCUCGGUUAUUUUGUACUGUUAAAUGGGUGAUUUUAGUGGGAAUGUUGUUCGCGGUUAUUUCGUACUGUUAAAUGGGUGAUUUUAGUGGGAAUGUUGUUCGCGGUUACUUGGUACUGUUAAAUGGGUGAUUUUAGAGGGAAUGUUGUUCGCGGUUACUUGGUACUGUUAAAUGGGUGAUUUUAGUGGGAAUGUUGUUCGCGGAUAUCUCGUACUGUUAAAUGGGUGAUUUUAGAGGGAAUGUUGUUCGCGGUUACUUGGUACUGUUAAAUGGGUGAUUUUAGAGGGAAUGGUGAUCGGUUAUUUCGUGCUGUUAAAUGGGUGAUUUUAGAGGGAAUGUUGUUCUCGGUUAUUUUGUACUGUUAAAUGGGUGAUUUUAGAGGGAAUGUUGUUCGCGGUUAUUUCGUACUGUUAAAUGGGUUAUUUAGAGGGAAUGUUGUUCGCGGUAUUUUGUACUGUUAAAUGGGUGAUUUUAGAGGGAAUGUUGUGCUCGGUUAUUUCGUAAUGUUAAAUGGGUGAUUUUAGAGGUAAUGUUGUGCUCGGUUAUUUUGUACUGUUAAAUGGGUGAUUUUAGUGGGAAUGUUGUUCGCGGUUAUUUCGUACUGUUAAAUGGGUGAUUUUAGUGGGAAUGUUGUUCGCGGUUACUUGGUACUGUUAAAUGGGUGAUUUUAGAGGGAAUGUUGUUCGCGGUUACUUGGUACUGUUAAAUGGGUGAUUUUAGUGGAAAUGUUGUUCGCGGAUAUCUCGUACUGUUAAAUGGGUGAUUUUAGAGGGAAUGUUGUUCGCGGUUACUUGGUACUGUUAAAUGGGUGAUUUUAGAGGGAAUGGUGCUCGGUUAUUUCGUGCUGUUAAAUGGGUGAUUUUAGAGGGAAUGUUGUUCUCGGUUAUUUUGUACUGUUAAAUGGGUGAUUUUAGAGGGAAUGUUGUUCGCGGUUAUUUCGUACUGUUGAAUGGGUGAUUUUAGAGGGAAUGUUGUUCGCGGUUACUUGGUACUGUUAAAUGGGUGAUUUUAGAGGGAAUGAUGUUCGCGGUUAUUUUCUACUGUCAAAUGGGUGAUUUUAGUGGCAAUGAUGUUCGCGGUUAUUUUCUACUGUUAAAUGGGUGAUUUUAGUGGGAAUGUAGUUCGCGGUUAUUUUGUACUGUUAAAUGGGUGAUUUUAGAGGGAAUGUUGUGCUUGGUUAUAUUGUACUGUAAAAGUGGUGAUUUUAGAGGGAAUGUUGUUCGCGGUUAUUUUGUACUGUUAAAUGGGUGAUUUUAGAGGGGAUGUUGUGCUUGGUUAUAUUGUACUGUAAAAGUGGUGAUUUUAGAGGGAAUGUUGUUCGCGGUUUAUUUGUACUGUUAAAUGGGUGAUUUUAGAGGGAAUGAUGUUUGCGGUUAUUUUCUACUGUUAAAUGGGUGAUUUUAGUGGGAAUGAUGUUCGCGGUUAUUUUCUACUGUUAAAUGGGUGAUUUUAGUGGGAAUGUUGUUCGCGGUUAUUUUCUACUGUUAAAUGGGUGAUUUUAGUGGGAAUGUUGUUCGCGAUUAUUUUGUAUUGUCAAUUGGGUGAUUUUAGUGGAAUAUUAUUAUUGGUUAUUUUGCCGUUACUCUCCUUUCAUGAAUCUAUGUGUGUUCAUGAAAGGACAAACAGCUCAAUUUAAAUGGAGAUCUAUGACUGGAUACUAAAUAUCAUAAUAUUUAUCAACAAUAUUAAAUGCCAAAAAAUUUUGAAUACCCCUCAAAAUUUAAACUGCGCGAGAAUGUAUGAUUCAAAGUAUAUGCAUUCAUUAAGAUAUGUUAUUAAUUUGAGUGUUGUAUAUCUCUUUUCUUUGUUGAUUUAACACUCUCUACCCCGUCAUCCAUUUUUGUUUUCUAUAUACAACAGAUGUAUAUCUCUUUUCUUUGUUGAUUUAACACUCUCUACCCUGUCAUCCAUUUUUGUUUUCUAUAUACAACAGAUGUAUAUCUCUUUUCUUUAUUGAUUUAACACUCCCUACCCCAUCAUCCAUUUUUGUUUUCUAUAUACAACAGAUGUAUAUCUCUUUUCUUUGUUGUUUUAACACUCCCACUACCAUCAUCCAUUUUUGUUUUCUAUAUACAACAGAUGUAUAUCUCUUUUCUUUGUUGAUUUAACACUCUCUACCCCGUCAUCCAUUUUUGUUUUCUAUAUACAACAGAUGUAUAUCUCUUUUCUUUGUUGAUUUAACACUCCCUACCCCAUCAUCCAUUUUUGUUUUCUAUAUACAACAGAUGUAUAUCUCUUUUCUUUGUUGUUUUAACACUCCCACUACCAUCAUCCAUUUUUGUUUUCUAUAUACAACAGAUGUAUAUCUCUUUUCUUUGUUGAUUUAACACUCUCUACCCCAUCAUCCAUUUUUGUUUUCUAUAUACAACAGAUGUAUAUCUCUUUUCUUUGUGAUUUAACACUCUCUACCCCAUCAUCCAUUUUUGUUUUCUAUAUACAACAGAUGUAUAUCUCUUUUCUUUGUUGUUUUAACACUCCCACUACCAUCAUCCAUUUUUGUUUUCUAUAUACAACAGAUGUAUAUCUCUUUUCUUUAUUGAUUUAACACUCUCUACCCCAUCAUCCAUUUUUGUUUUCUAUAUUCAACAGAUGUUAAGUUUCUAGGCAUACACCCUUAAUUUAUUGUAUUUUGAUGACAAAGUAUUCAACGUUAUAUAAAGUUACUUUAGCGUCUUCUUACUUAAAAACAAUAGUCUAUGUAAAAUAACAUAAGAUGUUAUUGUGACGUAAUCAUGUAUUUCAUGGUAAUUUUUGUAAGAUUUCAAUGAUAAAGAACAUUUUUACAUUGUUUUGUAACAUGUCACAAAGUUAAAAUGUAUGGAUAAGUAUUUGAAUAAGAGAAAGGAUUUGUACGUUACCGAUUUAAUAAACAAAGUUUAAAGUGAAAAUGAUGAAGUCUGUAUUGUGUUGAAAAUAAAAAGAUUUAGUUCGUUAA